GCUGCUGUACACUGUACAGUGUAGCAGAUAAAUAGUAAAUAAUGCUAUCUUCCUACAGUCUGUCUGUGGUUCGUUGUUAUGACAGUUGCGGAAUGGGAACUGUAAGUUAUGGUCGGUGGUCAUGAAUAGACGAGUGAAACCAGAUAGUCUCAAAUUUAGGAAGAGGGACGAUGAAUAGCAUGCUUGUUACGGUUGCUAAUAAACACCUGCCUCAUUUAUAGUGAUCAAAUACUAUGUCGUCCGAUUCAUUUAGUGAGCAUGGGAAGUCAGCAACCGAGAUUAUACAACAGAUUAACGCAAAAAAUACAAAAAUACUUGCUUGUAUUCUCGUUAUUGGAUUCAUUGUGUAUCACGGUUUACUGCAUUGGAGAUACGGAAUUGAUUCCUGCAAGUGGCUUCUUUCUGAUGGUAGAUUUAAGGGUAACCAGGAGUGGCAGCCAUAUGGUUGCAUGAUGCACCAUUACAGUCAGACGGAUACAAGACGUUGUUUGAGAUAUUUAGCAUUCUGGGGUGAACAUAGCCAUUUUGUAUUUAUCGGUGAUUCUAGAAUUCGUCAGUUGUAUCUAGCAUUCUUGGAACAAGUUGAGCCACAAGAUUCUUCGCGGACAACUCUUCAUCCUGAACAAAUGCAUUCUGAUAUGGCUUUCACUGAUGCAAAGUUAAGGCUGCGGGUGGAAUUUGUUUGGAGCACUUUUGUUUCUCAGAUCAUGGUAGAUGAAUUUCGCAAGUGGAAGGAUGAAGAUGAUCCACCAAAUGUGAUUGUUGCUGGCAAUGCCUUAUGGUCCAUUAGAGCAUCUAAUGCAUCUGUUCAGGCAUUAGAAGAGUAUAAAAAUAAUUUAACUUAUCUCGCACAGGCAAUAAACACACUCUCGGAUAAGACAAAGACUCAAGUUCUGUGGGUUCUCCAGGCACCUGUAAAUGCUGAGAAACUUCAGCCACAUAGAUCCAUGAUAACAAAUGAACAAAUUGAACUCUAUAACAAGGCUGCUUCUCAGAUUCUAUUACACAGCAGAGCCCUGCUUUGGUCCAGUACAAAACUUGUCGCACAAGGAAGUCCCGAUGAAACUACUGAUGGGAUUCAUCUUGGACCAACAGCUCUGAAAUAUGAUACUCAGAUGCUGCUGAACAUGUACUGCAACGAUCAUAUGAACUUCAAUGAUGGGAGCUGUUGCAGUAGUGCUGAGCCAUACACUACGCUGCAGGUUGUUACAUUUUCCGUUUUAGGUGUUUGUUUCAUUAUUGGUCUGGGAUUAAUGACACGUCGGUGGCUGCGUCAGUUGAAAAGUUCACCGCCAGUUACUUACACUCCGCUAAAUGAACAGAGUGCAAAAGUUGCUGCCGCUGAAUCUGAUUUGUACGUAAUAGUCACAUCACUUGCACGCAUGGGGAUUAUUAUGGCGUAUUUUUUUCUUUGUGACAGGACAAAUUUUUUUAUGAAGGAAAACAAAUAUUUCUCACAGCUAAGCUUUUGGCUCCCAUUUGGUUAUGUGUUUACACUGGGUUUGUUUUUCACAGAAGACAGCCAAUAUACUAAAGUUCUUCAUCGGGAUCAGACAGAUGAAUGGAAAGGAUGGAUGCAGUUGGUGAUACUUAUUUAUCACAUGACAGGGGCAAGUCGUAUAUUACCAAUAUAUAUGCACAUUCGUGUCCUUGUUUCUGCCUAUCUGUUUCUAUCUGGAUAUGGUCAUUUUUGUUACUUUUGGCAAAGAGGGGAUGCAGGAAUAGUACGCUUUUUCCAGGUACUGUUUCGACUCAACUUCAUGACUGUGAUGCUUUGUCUCUGUAUGAACAGGCCAUACCAGUUCUACUACUUUGUGCCUUUAAUUUCAUUCUGGUUUCUAAUGGCUUAUUUGGUACUGGCUCUGCCACCCCAAAUAACAGCUGCUUCAUCUGAAACAAAUCCCCUUCAUUAUUUGUAUUUGGUUCUGAAGAUGGUGGGUCUUUUUACUGUUAUCACAGUACUCUAUAUGUCAGAGGUUUUCUUUGAAAAGGUAUUUGUUACACGCCCAUGGAAAGCCUUAUUUGUUACAACAGAUGAUGAUAUUCAUGAAUGGUGGUUUCGUUGGAAGCUGGACCGAUACAGCAUAUCAUAUGGAAUGGUAUUUGCUGCAGCGUAUAUGCUGUCACAACGAUACAAUUUGUUGGAUGACAACAAUCACAGCAAUCUCUUCUCUCGGGGAAUCUCUCUUUCAGCAACUCUUGGUGCUGUAAUUGGACUUGGAAGUUAUGCUUGUUUCUCAUUUUUGUGUCGAAACAAGCAAGAAUGCAAUGAAAUACAUUCCUACACAGUGUUUGUGCCCAUUGUGAGCUACAUAGUGCUUCGUAACAUAUCUGGUGCUCUGCGCACUCGCUACUCAAGCUUGUUUGCUUGGUUUGGACGUAUUUCUUUGGAGCUGUUUAUUAGCCAGUAUCAUAUAUGGUUGGCAGCAGAUACACAUGGUGUGCUUGUACUUUUACCUGGAUAUCCUGUACUUAAUUUAAUCAUUACUUCAUUUAUCUUUGUAUGUGCGGCUCAUGAAGUGAAUGUAUUGACUCGUGUGUUGACACCCUAUGCUGUACCUGCCGACUGGCGUCUCGUAUUGCGAAAUGUGUUGCUCUUUCUUGCUGUGCUUGUUCCAAUAGGAAUUCAUGAUGGAAUGUUUUGAAUCUGUAUUUACUGUGUAAUUGAUGAAUAUUGUGAUAUUUCAGUAACUCUCAGGAAGACUGCUGUAUUUUUGUGUUCAUAAAUUUGUAUUAGAUAUCACAGAUUCUUUGUCUUGAUAAAAGUUCACUUGUGUGGUGGAGUGUAAAUAUGUUUCAAAUUUCAUAUGAAAUUUAUCAUACGCUAUCAAAUGGCCAGCUUUUACAAUAUUCUUACUGUUUUAACAUGGAUUAAACAUGUAAAAAUCAGAAAUGGCAACAAGAAAGGAGGAUUGGAAAGUGCUCCGUGAUAGUAGGAAAAUAUGAAAUUCUCUGCCAUUUCAUUGUUGUUAGGACCAUUUUUCUAUGUGAUAAUGUGGCUCAUCUUGUGUAAUUUGGUUCAGAGCAGUGUGAAUAUUUACCAAUUUUAUAUAUGGGUUUAGUGUACUUGACAGCUUAGUCCUUAUCAUUGUCAGAUUGAAUAUGAUAAUAUUAUGAAAAGGAUAGAUUGCUACUCACCAUGUAGUGGAGGUGCUGAGCCACAGAUAGGCACAACAAAGACUGUCAAACAAGUAAACUUUCAGGUGAAAAGGCCUUCAUCAGAAUUAGACAAAUACACACACACACACACACACACACACACACACACACACACACAAGCACAGUGUCUGGCUGGGAAGGCCAUACUGUCUCCCCUUGGUAACCAGAGAUGUGGUCGAUUGUGUGUGUGUGUGUGUGUGUGUGUGUGUGAGUGUGUGUGUGUGUGUGUGUGUGUGUGUGUGUGUGUGUGUGUUUAAUUCCAGUGAAGACCUUUUCAGACAAAAGCUUUCUUGUUCGACAGUCUUUUUGUUGUGCCUACCUGCGACUCAGCAUCUCCGUUGCAUGGAAAUUAGCAAUCUACCCUUUACAUAAUAUUAUCAUUAUUAACAUCUUGGGUUUUCCAUUGUUAGAUUAUACAAAUAUUUUAGUAGUUACUGAGACUACCUUGCUACACUGUGCUUCUUUUACUAAUUAAUUUGAAGUGUCAUUUUCUUACUCUGUGUGUGUUAUAUGCCUAUACUGUGAUUUUGUCAUGCAGUAUUUACAUUUAUUAUUUGUGUAGUACAUGCAAACACUUGUGAUAAUAGUGAAAUGAGAUACGCAGUUGCAGAAAUGUUAAAUGAACAAAGGUUAUGGAAGGGGGAAAAUGCACUUCUGAAUUGUUCAAAUUUAGAAAGAACUUACAAAUUUGAAAACUGCUGUAAGAAAAAGUUCUUUUUAACAUUCUUUCACUUUCUGCAGUGCACAACCGAGACUUGUAUACUUUAAAAAAAUCUUUCUACUCCUCUAUGUUGAAAUGUCUGAGCAGCAAAGUGUGACUUUUGGGUCACUUGGUGCUUCAUUCUGAACCUCAUGUUGUGUUGCCUUGCAAAUUGGUACAUACGUAGCAUAUUUUAUGAUGACAAAAUACUAAUUUUUGUCUUCUCUUCAUUUUUGCAUUCACUUAUUUGCAUGUAGAAUACUGGUUACCUUCACCAGUAUUGUCUCUGAAAGCUAGGAAGGAUCAGAAUAAGAGUUGCUCAACAUCUGCAAUAAUCAUUUCUGUAUAAUAAUCAGUUAUUCACUAAAAUAAGAACACUUCAGUUGCAUGGAACUGUACGUAAAAGCUUUAAAUAAAGUUUCCUUUACAUGUUUCUGGAUAGCUAAAUCCAAGCAACAAAUUUUUCAACAUAUACAAACCAAGAACAUUAUGUAUAUAUGGGUGAAUAACUGCUUAUCUCAGUGUGCUGAAGAUGAAGUGGGACCAAAUGAAAUAAAUUUGACUAGAACGGUGAAAAUUUUCUAAUAAUUUGGAUGAAGGUUGACAGGAUUGCAACUGAUAAAACAUAUUAUGUUUUAAAUAGAAAAUAAAUUAAAAUUUUCAGCUGUUCAAACACACUGAAUCUCAGACUCUCUUCUCAAGAGAGAACGAAAUAACAAAAUAUUAGACGAGUUAAAUAUGAUAGCAUAAAGACUGGUGAAAGACUUGUAAGUUAAGAUACAUUUUCUUCUUUACCAAUUCUGAAUAAACAUCAGUUCUGAUCCUUUUUGCAUUGUGAUCAUCCCAUACACUUGAUCUGGAUUCUGUUUUCACCAGGAUUUAUUCCAUUCUGACAUAGUCAUAGUAUACAGCAUUUUCUUAAAUUUAUUUUGAAAUGUAACAUACUCAUUAUUCAAAAGUAUUUGCUAAAGUUUGUUCACCAUGUUGUUUCUGCAGUAUUUUCUUAUUUUGAUUCAUUAUUGCAUUUUUGGCUCUUCCUGCCUCCCUAAUUAUAAUUACAGUGGUUGUCAUAGCCUUUUACACAAAUAAGAUACAAACACCCUUUUAUUUUUAUUGUCAGUUUUCAAUGUCAUUUCCUUCAUCAUUAUUGGUACUCCUUAUUCUGACAGCUGUCGAUUCAGUGUGUAUUUUAUGCUGAAAAGGUGUAUGUAUCCCGUAUUGGUUGCAUAACGCACCCCCAUGCAAGUGCGCGCACGUGUGUGUGUGUGUGUGUGUGUGUGUGUGUGUGUGAGAGAGAGAGAGAGAGAGAGAGAGAGAGAUACAUAAUCCAGACAUGAAAAACACAGAAUUAAUACAGAUGUUAUCAGUGAUAUAAGCUAAAAAUAAGCAAUGUAUGUUCUUUAUAAACAAGGAAAACUAUUAUCACUUAUCCUACAACUUUCUAAAGUGAGAGUAAACACAAUCAGUGAUACAGUGUCUUUUUUUUUUAUUUUGUCUUUACGUUAAUAUUGUAGUGUCACAUUGUUUUGCUUUAGAAAAGAUUAAUGCCAAUUUAUCAAGGUCUUAUACAUGAAUGAUUGUUUCAUUUGACAGAUUAGAGUUUCUGGAACACUCUGUAGAGUUUUUUCAAUUAUAUGUGCUUUAUAGUUACCUUAUCAUAUUCAUAAAAGACAGUGUUCCUAUCACCCCAUUCUGAAUUGUAGUGCCAUUUAAGCAUAGAAAAAUAUCUUUUUUCUGUUUACUCUAUCACCAGUUUUAUUGGUACAGGGUUGUUUCAUUAAUUCUGUAAAUAAUAAAGAUACAUAUGUCCACUUGUUAGCAUUGUGUAAACACACUCUGGAGCUCAUGUAAGUAUUCAGUACUGCUUGCCUGAGCAAAGUCAUAGAUGUAACAGCAAGAAGAGAUUUGUAAAUGUUUUGUGAUUUGUCUUGUGAACAGAUAAUAGUUUUUUCUAUCGAUAAAAUGUUGUGCUUUAUAAUAUGCAAAAUAUCAUGUUGUUUAUAUUUGUUGAUUUUACCCUUUUAUACAUAAAAGAAAACAAUGUGCUAAAUGUUUUUGUACAUGCUCGUGGAAAAUAUAAAAAGAUAAAAUGAUCAAUAGUUUAAUAAAUUGACAAAAAUUGUGAUUUAAUGUGUUGUAUGCAAAUAACUAAAAAGAAAGCCUUACACAAUGUAACUUUUAACAAGUAGUUCUAUUUCUUAAAUUAUAAUUUAAGUAAUGUUUAUGGCACAUCAAAGAUGCACACUUAAAUUUCACUAAUUUUAAUCGUCAUCUGAGACAGUUCCAGAAAGCCACAUGCACAAUAUUGUUUGCAUAUGUAUUUGGAUUUGAUUGGCACUGUACCCAUGCGAUUAAGAUUUUUCAGUACACCUUGAAACAAAUCUAUUGAAAUGCCAGGAAUAAUUCUUAUAACAUUCUUGCAGAAAACUACCUCUCCAAUGACUGUGAUAUCAAUUGGGCAUACUAUGUACUUGAAUGAUAAUAAUAAUAAAAACAAUUCAGAGUAUUUGAUACAAAAGGAGAUACUUACAAAACAUUUAUUUAUGUAUAUUCCCUGCAGCAGAAGGCAAACACUACAUUAAGUUCCUGAUUAGGUUUUGUUAAAAGAUAGAAUGUCUGUUCAAUCACUUUGCCAUAGUAACAAUAAGAGUUAGUUAGUGAACCAAUCAUGAGCCAGAGUAUAUAAUGCAGUAUGUACAGAAAUAUUAAUAAAUGUGAUACAUAGUUAAUAUGUGUCCCCCUAAUGCAAUCAUUUAUUAUUUAUCAUGAAAUAAAUAUAUUUGUUACUGUCAGAAUGAAAUUUAUUUAGCAAGUGAUGUUCGUAAAUUGAUUAGGUAUCUUUGAAUAUAGUUAUGAAAAGUCCUUGGGGGAAUAUGAUACAUAGUGGAAGAAAUGUGAUACAUAGUGGAAGAAGGAAAGAUGACAACUUAGCAUACACUUCAAUUGUCAGCAGGCAUAUAAACAACCAAAUGCAUGGACCAAAUAAGUAAAUAUGUCUAUAUUUAUGUGUCAUAAUCUAUGUAUGUAUUAGUUAAUAUUGUCUGUAUUUUUGUAUAGAAACAUAUCCACUGCAUAUUUUAUCAUUUUUUGCAUAAUGUGUGGAGAAUUUUUGUGUUACCUGCAUUGACUAGACAUUUACUUUCAUUGUUGCAAAUACUGAACAUGGUGUUGAUGUUGUUGUUGUGAGUGUGCUUCCUUUGUGUAAUUUUUUUUAUUUUGUAUUUAAUGUUUUCUUCUCGUCAGCCCCAUAUAUUUGUGAUGACACAAUCUAAGAUGAAUGGGUUUCAAUCAGUCAAUCAAUAAACAUCAUGUACUGACAUUGCACCUCAACUGGGCUGCAGUACUGAUAAAGUGGAGGUGUGUGUGUGUGUGUGUGUGUGUGUGUGUGUGUGUGUGUGUGUGUGUGUGUGUGUGUGUGUGUGUUUGAUAUUUAUUUUUCUGUACUAGUUAGCUCUGAAGAAGCACCUCAUCUGAAAGCUCGGCAAAGCAUGGUUUGAUAUAGUCAUUGAGGCUAUGCUCUUACACCUGUUUUUAUUAUCAAUUCUGCAGUACAGUGUCACUGAGUAAGCCACAUUGUCGUUGUUGAAUUCAAUCCAUGUUCAUAAAUCAGCCUUCAGCUCCUGCAGUACUGUGAAAUUGAAAUUUUGUCACUAUUAAAAUACAGUGGUUUGAGUAACAACUUUAUUUUUUGUAUCUUUUGUACAGUUUUCUAAAUUUUAUUUCAAAUUUAAAUAGUAAAGAAUAUCUUGAAUUUUCUUAAAGUACGUUUCAAAGAUAAUAAAAUCAAAGACAUGUCACAGUUUUAA